UUUCAUGUUCAGUUGGACAGUAAUAACGUCAACAGUGGUAGGUACCCAGGCCAUGAAGAAAUUAUGGAAUUUUUACGCAAACUGGGUUUCCUGGCCAACACUAUCGAAAGUAGAGCUUCAAUUGACGACACCGACUCAGAAUCUGCUGAAAGAAUGAAAAAAGUUAACCCCUACAGUUUCCAAGGUACCAGAGGCAAAAGAUUAAACGCAAACAGUUUCAUGGGUUCCCGAGGUAAAAGAGUCCUCGUUAAUGACAAACGGACUGUCAGUGCUAACGCUUUCCUCGGAUCGAGGGGUAAACGUCUGGUUACCUUACUCGGUGAAAAGCCCCAACUAAACGAUCUUACGGGAGUCAUUGACAAAAAAUCAGAUGCUUUAGCAUUCGUCCCAACAAGAGGCAGAUCACAAUCAACCAAUGACGAACUUGCUUACACGGGUCCGAUGUUAUUGAGAGAAGGCCGAAGAAUGAAUUCCUUAUCGUUUGGUCCCCCAAAAGGCAAAAAAUACAGUCCACUUGACUUCAUUGGAUCGCGUGGCAAGAAAAGUACUUUUGAAGAUUAUGUGUUAAAUACCCAAAACGAUUGACCAAAGGAGAACUAAGAAAGAA